UCUUCGAUGUGAAGAUGUUGACUUUUUAAAAGAUAAGUUUCGGUUCAACAAAACUAUAUACACGUUUGUCAAUUUGCUUUUGAAUGUGAAACAUGUUUUGUUUAAACUUUACUCUUUAUUGAAGUGGUAAACAAAAGAGCAGACGUUUAAGAAAGUUAACACCGUUAAUAUCGACUAAUUGCCUAUUAGAUUCGGCGAAUGCUACUUCAUGAACAGUAAUGGGAAGAAAGAAAAUCCGGCUGUGCUUUACAAGUAUAAUAGUAACAGCAGGUUUGGUUAUCUUUGGUCAGCUGAUUGGAAACUCCAGAACUACAGAGAAGAAGAAUUUUAAUUUGUCACUGCCGGAUUACAAAGCUCAACUGAAUGUGGAAUCACAAACCGCGCCCAGACAGCGCGGAGCAUCCAAGGUACUAAUCCUUACAUACAUGCGGUCGGGCUCGAGUCUCACGGGUGAAAUACUACAGCAAAGCAUCGGGGCCUUCUAUGUGUACGAACCCAUCCAUAGCAUCAGGUGGCAAGACAGAACAGAGAACUGGACAUACCCUGAUGCUCCUACCAAACUCGUUACACCUGCAACUGUUCACAGGGAGCGAGUGGACGUGCUAUACCGGCUGCUUACUUGCGAUCUCAAGAACGUUCCAGACAGGGUCCUGCAGAGCGGUUUCCUAGGUAGAGGUAUGUUAACAAAGAAACUGAAACCUUGUGUGGAGGCUUCAAAAAACACACACAACAAGACGGAAGGUACUAUGGCUUGCAUACUGAACCUUCAAAAAGCAUGUCAAGGCUCGCCUCUACGUGUGCUGAAAACUAUUAGGUUUGAUAUGGAACAGGCGAGAAACCUGUCCGUGCUGAUACCGGAUCUGAAAAUCAUACACCUUGUUCGUGACCCGAGGGCAACGCUUAAAUCACAAGACUAUCUAGGGGAGUGUAAGGGGUUUACAAGACAGCAGUGUGUAGAGAGAUUCUGUGCAAUGGUUGAAGACAAUAUUGUUAGAGCUGAUUCGAUGUCAAAGUCCAACCGAAAUAGAAUAUUUACUCUUAGAUAUGAAAAUUUAGCAAAAAACCCUAUGCUGGUAUCUAAAGAACUUUAUAAAUUUGUCGAUGGAUCAUUAACCAAGCAGAUAGAGGACUAUAUAUUUAAUAUAACGUCAGCAGGUCGCAAAGAUGACUGCAAUAUUUGCACCACAAGGGGAAAUUCUACAAAACAUGUUGACAAGUGGAAGAAGACAAUGAAUAAAAUUUUUGUCAAAGUAAUUCAAAACAGAUGUAACUACCUAUUAAAAAGAUUCGGUUAUGACAUCAUGUAAUUAUGGGUUUAUAUCAUUUUAAAUGUGAUGUUUGUGGAGUUUUGUGCUGCUCUUCUAUGUUUCUUGUCUGUGAUUUUGUGUUCUAUGUCCUUGGCGUUUGGCCAGUACCACAAAACUGGGUUUAUGUUUAAACUUUUUGCUACUGAGCUUGUUUCUGUAGCUUUUUGCAUCAAUAUAUUUAUAUCAUUGUAUGUAUAAUAUUUCCUCCGUUUAUAUUAAUCAUCAUCAUCAUCAUCAUCAUCAUCAUCAUCAUCAUCAUCAUCAUCAUCAUCAUCAUCUCACUUGCAAACACUCAACACAAGUAAAUUCCAAAUAAGUCAACUUCUCCAACGAUAAACACACUAUAUAAUUACAUCUACUUCGUUUGAUUUAAUGUGCCAACCCUUUUACACUUACAUAAUUACGGUGCUUAACCUUUACAUUUGCCUAUUUGGAACACACUUAAAAGCGGGUUUGUCUGCCUUUAUAUUUUCUGAAU